CCUUUAUCACCGGUGAUAAGCGUUAACGAAAUAACUAAACAUUUUAUAAUAAAAUAUUUCCGUAAUUUUAAAUAAUAAUAAUAAUAAUAAUAAAGUCACGUUCUGACUUUAUUUUAAGAACAAGCACUUGGUGAUACUAUUGUGUGGUUACCUAGGAAGGUGGAGGAAGGGUUGGAGUUAGAGUUUGCCGUAACCCUGGUUACUGUCAACCGUGGCUGGAUGUUAAAACAUCUCGAGCUUUGCACAUACAAUCGUAGUUAAUUUAGUUAAUGAACUAAUUAGCCUGGUGCACGGAUUAACGCAACACGCACCGCAUCUAUGACUUAAGACUUCCUCUCUAUUGCUAUAAGAUUGAUCGAGCUUGUGAACUGGAGGAAUAAUGGCUGAAGUCCAGGUACACCCGCACCGCGUUUUCGGUGUGCGCGCAACAGUGAGAAAUAAUUUGCACUUUCUUGAUGAGCAAACGGUUGUUUUUCCGUGCGGGAACAACUGCGCGCGCUACAACCUUCACCAGAGGUGCUACAGGUUCAUUGCAGGUACGGAGAAGACCCAGGGCAUGCAGGCGCUUGCCAUCAGCCCCAACUGGCGCUAUCUGGCCGUGUCAGAGCGUGGUGAGAGAGGCACCAUCACUGUCUACGAUCUGCAGCACGAACAGAGCCGUAAGAGGAAGGUGUUGACGGGCGGCGACGUCAGCGUGCCGGAAUUUGUCUGUAUGGCAUUCUCUCCCGACUCUAAGUACCUGCUGGGCCAGGGUGGAGGACCUGAGUGGACCCUCAUCUACUGGCUGUGGGAGAAGAAUAAGGUCAUUGCUACGGUGAAGAGCACAAAUUCCGGCCCUGUUUAUCAGGUCAGCUUUAACCCGCAGGACAAUACACAGGUCUGUGUGAGCGGGAGUGGCAUGUUCAAACUUUUCCGGUACGUCGACGGCACACUGAAACAGACCAACUCUGCAAAGUUGGAGACACAGAACAUCCUGUCUCACUCAUGGAUGUCUGAGGAGCGCAUCAUCGCUGGAACAGAGACAGGACGACUGCUGGUGUUUGAGUCGGGAGACCUGCGUUGGGAGAUGAGCGUGGCCAACAAGAUAGCUGAACAGGAGAAUAAGGGACAAAUGGAAGAUGAGACUCCAUCAGCUCCAGUCUUGAUGCCACGAGUGACCGCCAUCAAGGCUUAUUCUAAAGGCUUUGCAUGUUCAGCAGGUCCAGGAACUGUGUGCCUGUUUGAGAAAACUGAGGAGAAGGACGGCUACAGACAAAUCAGGGAAAUAAGGAUACCUCCGGACCCGUGCAGCAAUGAGCCAAGUCAGGCAGAGCAGCAGGAGAUCACCACGAUGUGUAUCAGCCCAUCAGAGGAGACUCUGGCCACCAGCACUGACCGAGGCCAAAUUUACCUGAUCGCACUCGCCUCGGCUGAGAUCAGCAAGGGCAUGCAAGCGCACUUUGAGUUUCUGUCCCACUCUUUUCACUCGGGGGUCAUCACCGGUCUGUCCGUCUGCAUCCGCAAACCGCUCAUCGCCACCUGCUCCGUGGACCACUCCAUACGCAUCUGGAAUUACGAGACUGGUGUUUUGGAGCUGUAUAAGGAGUUCCAGGAGGAGUCAUACAGCGUGGCCUUGCACCCGUCUGGCCUCUUCAUCCUGGCGGGCUUCUCCGACAAGCUCCGCCUCAUGAACCUGCUCAUCGAUGACAUCCGCACCUUCAAGGAGUUCACCGUGCGCAGUUGCCGAGAGUGUGUGUUCAGCCAUGGGGGUCACAUGUUCGCCGCUGUCAACGGUAACGUGAUUCAUCUCUACUCCUCCACGACCUUCGACAACAUCCUGAAUCUGAAAGGUCACAGCGGCAAGGUGCGUUCGGUGGUGUGGAGCACUGAUGACAGUCGUCUGGUGUCAUGUGGGAUGGACGGAGCGGUGUACGAGUGGAACGCCCUGAGCGGCCAGCGUGAGUCCGAGAGCGUGUUGAAGUCGUGCAGUUACACCGGCGUGGCGCUCUCACUCGACACCCGGAGCAUCCUCGCUGUGGGCAACGACUGCACGCUGAAGGAGAUACAGGACUGCCAGGUCCUGAGGGAAGUGGCCUCCGAGGAUGUUAUCUACACAGCUGUUGUCAUGACUCGCUCAGGCCGAGCACUCUUCACCGGGACCUCCAGUGGCACCAUAAGGGCCAUCAAGUACCCUUUACUCAUGCAAAAAGACUGGAAAGAGUACCAGGCCCAUUCUGGUCCCAUCACCAAAAUGGCGAUCACGUUCGAUGAUCAGUACCUGCUGACCACUUCAGAAGACAGCUGUCUCUUCAUCUGGAAAAUCAUUGAGCAGGAAGGACGCGGGCUGAAGAGGGACAAAGAAAUAAGCUACGCAGAGGAGAUCCUCAUCACCAAGCCUGAUCUAGAGGAAAAGAACCAAAUCAUGCUGGAACUUAAGAUGCGGGUGGAAGAGCUGCAAACGGAGAACGAAUACCAGCUGCGUCUUAAGGACAUGAACUACAACGAGAAGAUCAAGGAGCUCACAGAGAAGUUCAUCCAGCAGAUAGAGUCGCUUACAACCCAAAACCUGGAGUUUAAAUCCGAGAAAGAGAAGCAGGAGGUCACACACAAGGAGGCGCUAAAGGACAUCAUAGAGAAACACGCUAAAGAGCAACACGAUCUGGAAUCCACCAACAACCAAAAGCUGAUGCUGGAGUACGAGAAGCACGAGGAGCUGCAGCUGAAGUUGCAGAGGAUGCAGGAGAGCUAUGAGGAGAAGCUUCAUGAUCUGGAGGACGAACGUCUGCGUGCCCUGGAGGACAUGACGCAGUUCUACGAGGCCAAGCUGCAGGAGAAGGUGCUCGAGCUGGGCCAGUGUCAGGACGAAUCUCAGCAGCAGUUGCGAGAGUUUGAGGAAAUGAAGAAGCAGACAGAGGAAGACGGCGAUCUCGAGCUCCACGACAUCCGCGUCAGAUACGAACGCAAGCUCUGGGAGGAAAAGGAGACCAACUUGAAGCUCAAUGGAGAGACGAGAGUCAUGAAGAAGAAGUUCGCCAGUUUGCAGAGGGAGAUCGACAGCCGCGACCUGGAGAUUGAGAAGCUGAAGGUGGAACAGCAGAAGCUGCAUGGCAUCAUCAAGGCUCUGGAGAAGGACAUCAUGGGACUGAAGAGGGAGAUCCAGGAGAGAGACGAGACCAUUCAGGACAAGGAAAACCGCAUCUACGAUCUUAAGAAGAAGAAUGAUGAGCUGGAGAAGUUCAAAUUUGUGCUGGAAUACAAGGUCAAAGAGCUGAAGAAGCAACUCGAGCCACGAGAGAAUGAAGUGAAGGAGAUGAAGGAGCAGGUCCAUGAGAUGGAGGCUGAGCUGGAGCAGUUCCGUAAGAAGUGCACUCAGCUGGAUCUUACCAUCUCUGAGCUGAAGCUGAAGCUCAAAGCCACGACCAAGGAGAGGCAGAAAGAGAGGCAGAGGGUCCAAGAUGUACAAGCCGUACUGCACAGGUUUAAGACCGAUCUUCACAACUGUGUGGGCUUCAUCCAGGAGCCUAAGAAGCUCAAGGAGAGCAUUCGAGAGAUCUAUGACCGCUACGUCCAGCAGUCAGAUGUGGUGGAGAUAGUGGGAGUGGACGCUGAUGUCCAGCGAGAGUACAGCAGGCAGAGGGAGCACAUGGAGAGGAACGUGGACUCGCUCAAAAAGAGACUAGGAAAGGACAUCAAAGUGCACGAAGCGAAGAACAUCAAGCUCAUGAAGGAGAACGUCUUCCUUAUUAAAGAGGUUAACGAUUUGAGGACGGAGCUGAGGCUGAUGCGAGCGCAGAUCCAUGAGUACGAAACCCAGAGAGGCUUCAGUAAGAACAAGAGCACCACGCGCAUCAAGUCGCCGUCCUCGGAUUCAUCACGGCUGAACUUUGAGGGCGAGGCCGAACGCAUCAUCCAGCUGCAGCGCCUCGAGAUCCAGCGGCUGAGGCAGGAAGUACUGCAGGGUGAAGAUGAAGGUCAGGAUCAAAGUUUUGUCUUGCCGAGCCUGCCAAGCAACAUCAAACUACCUGCCCUUACCACAUAAACACUCAUUAUACCGUGUACACACUCUUCACACCAUUUACACCCUCAUUCCACCACAUAAACCCUCUUCACACCACAUACACACUCAUUAUACCACGUACACACUCAUUACACCACGUAGACGCUCAUUACACCUCAUAAACACUCUUUAUACCGCGUACACACUCUUGACACCACAUACACACUCAUUACACCUCAUAAACACUCUUUAUACCAUGUACACACUCAUUCCACCACAUUUAAAUAAAAUGAAGUUGG